AUGACAGGUCAGGGGAGAGGUCAGGGGGAAGGGACAGUGGAGAGGUCAGGGGGAAGGGACAGUGGAGAGGUCAGGGGGGGACAGGGGAGAGGUCAGGGGGAAGGGACAGUGGAGAGGUCAGGGGGAAGGGAACUGGAGAGGUCAGGGGGAGGAGACAGGGAGAGGUCAGGAAGGGACAGUGGAGGGUCAGGGGAGGGGACAGUGGAGAGGUCAGGGGGAAGGGACAGUGGAGAGGUCAGGGGGAGGGACAGUGGAGAGGUCAGGGGGGGAGAGGAUCAGGGGGAAGGGACAGUGGAGAGGUCAGGGGGAGGGGACAUGGAGUCAUGGGGACGGAGAGUCAGGGGAGGGGUGGAGAGGUCAGGGGAAGGGACAGUGGAGAGGUCAGGGGAGGACGUGGGACAGUGGAGAGGGACAUGGGAGGAGGACAGUGGAGAGGUCAGGGGAGGGACAGUGGAGAGGUCAGGGGGAGGAGACAGUGGAGAGGUCAGGGGAAGGGACAGUGGAGAGGUCAGGGGAGGGGACAGUGGAGAGGUCAGGGGGAAGGGACAGUGGAGAGGUCAGGGGGAGGGACAGUGGAGAGGUCAGGGAGGAGUGGACAGGGAGGACGAGGUCAGGGGAGGGACAGUGGAGAGGUCAGGGGAGGGACAGUGGAGAGGUCAGGGGAGGGACAGUGGAGAGGUCAGGGGAGGGGACAGUGGAGAGGUCAGGGGGAAGGGACAGUGGAGAGGUCAGGGGAGGGACAGUGGAGUAGGGGAGGUGACAGGGGAGAGGAGGACAGUGGAGAGGUCAGGGGAGGGGACAGUGGAGAGGUCAGGGGGAAGGGACAGUGGAGAGGUCAGGGGAGGGGACAGUGGAGAGGUCAGGGGAAGGGACAGUGGAGAGGUCAGGGGGAAGGGACAGUGGAGAGGUCAGGGGAGGGGACAGUGGAGAGGUCAGGGGGAAGGGAGGCAGUGGAGAGGUCAGGGGGAAGGGAGGCAGUGGGGGGUUUGGUAG